AUGGGAUCUAAGCUAGGGCUCCACAGUCCAUCAUUCGGGCAAAAUAACGAUACUGCUGACGCCACCAAGAUUGGCUUUUCUCGUGGUCUGAUAACACAAAAAAUACAUGUCUUUAAUGGUGAAUUAGCUGCAGAAGGAUCUAAUGAGAGCAGACUGAUGACAAACGAUUUGAAAAAUCGUUUAAAAAGAAGAAUAUUUGAAGGUAUAAGUGCUUCGAGUGGCUGGAGUCUGUAUGUCGCGUACAUAUUAGGUGGCACAUCUUAUCAACAAUAUUAUCGCACAUUAGCUGAUCAUUCACAAAAAGCUCAAGGUGCUUCAACGUUACCACGACCGCCAUCAAGCGUUCGAUUUAUCGAACACCUAGUACCAGUUGCUCCUCUGCAUAAACAAAAUCCAACAGAAAAUUGA